AUGUCUGCUAAUAUCUGUCAAUCAAAAACAAAUCCUUCUUUUGUCCUUCAACAAAUAGAACAAAUUUCAUUUGAAGAUAGAGCCAUACCUGUUGCAGGUCCUGAUCAAGUCAUUGUCAAUAUAAAAGCAACAGGUAUUUGUGGCUCAGAUGUUCACUAUUGGGUGCACGGUCGUAUUGGCCAUUUUGUUUGCCAAGGUCCCAUGGUUCUUGGUCAUGAAUCUGCAGGUGUGAUUGUCGCUGUUGGUGAAGGCGUUACGACUCUUAAAGUAGGCGACCGUGUUGCUCUUGAACCUGGUGUCCCCUGUCGAAUGUGUGAAAUGUGCAAGAGUGGUAAAUACAACUUGUGUCCUGAUAUGGCCUUUGCAGCUACUCCACCUUAUGAUGGUACUCUCUGCAAUUUUUAUAAGCAUGCUGCUGAUUAUUGUUACAAGUUACCUGAUCAAGUUUCCUUUGAAGAAGCUGCCCUGAUCGAGCCUUUAUCAGUAGGUAUUCAUGCAACAAGACGUGGUGAGGUGAAAUUGGGUGAUAGAGUAUUUAUAUUUGGUGCUGGACCUGUGGGUCUCUUGACGGCAGCUGCUGCAAAGGCCGCAGGUGCAGCUCAUGUCACUAUGGCUGACAUCUCUGCUUCUCGUUUGGAAUUUGCAAAGUCCUAUAUUGCAGAUCAAGUAAUUCAUUUGACAAAUAAAAAAGGAGAGAGUGAAGAUAGUAAUGCUUUUGCAUUUAAAGAGGCACAAGAUAUAUUAAAAAGAACAGGUAUUCAGACAUGUCAUGUUGUAUUUGAUUGUACAGGAGUUGAAGUUUGUGUUCAAAUGUCUAUUUAUCUUGUUAAAAAUAACGGUAAAGUUGUAUUAGUUGGUAUGGGUGCAUCUGUGCAAUCACUUUCUGUAGCUGAUAUUUCUGCAAGAGAAGUGGAUAUUAGAGGUGUGAUGAGAUAUUGCAACACCUAUCCUACUGCUGUUGAAAUGUUAGCGUCUGGUAAAGUCGACUUAAAAAGUUUAAUUACUCAUAGAUACAAGUUUAAUGAUGCACUUGAUGCAUUUAAGCAUGUUCGAGAAGGUCGUGAAGGAACUAUUAAAGUCGUCAUUACAAAUGAUGAUGUGUAA